UCCCGGUUCCCGGUCUCUCUGCAGCUGGCUGCCGCGCACUUUCUGUCCCCGGCCUGCAUUCAUAAGCUGCCGGGAAGAACGCGCCAAUAGGCGGGCCGCCGGAUUUGUCCAUAUCAGUAGGACGAAAGUAACUUACCUGAAUGGAAGCGGAUGGUUUCAUGUCCCGGCGAACGUCCGUGGAAGCAGCGGGCGUCGAUAGCCGGGUCACUGGCGCUGCAGCCAGGGCAGAGAUUCGAUGGUUGGGCGGCAGACUGCUGGGAACAUCGGGAGGAUUUCAUGUCUCAUCCAGAAUGGCGGGGGAACAGGACUUUGUCUCGGUGUCGCAUCGGUCUAAUCCGGAGACCUUGACUUCUGUCGAGACAGAAGUAGACUAUGAAGGACUGCCUCAAGGAGUAUCCACCAGCACACACAUGUUGGCAGGUGCCGUUGCUGGAAUCAUGGAGCACUGCGUUAUGUAUCCCAUCGACUGUGUCAAGACUCGCAUGCAGAGCUUGCACCCAGAGCCGGGCGCACGCUACAGGAACGUGAUGGAUGCCCUGCGGCAGAUUGUACAGACCGAGGGCGUGUGGAGGCCGAUCAGAGGCGUGAACGUACUGGCAGUGGGAGCGGGGCCUGCCCAUGCUCUCUACUUCGCGUGCUAUGAGAAGAUAAAGUUCUCGCUCAGUGACGCUAUUCAUCCUGGCACCAACAGCCACUUUGCCAAUGGAGUGGCGGGCUGCAUGGCCACAGUGCUGCACGAUGCCAUCAUGAACCCAGCUGAAGUUGUGAAGCAGCGAAUGCAGAUGUUUAACUCACCUUAUCGUGGCGUGGUGGACUGUGUGAGUUCUCUGCUGAGACACGAGGGCCCAGCUGCUUUCUACCGCAGCUACACCACCCAGCUGACGAUGAACGUGCCCUUCCAGGCGCUCCACUUCAUGACCUAUGAGUACCUGCAGGAGCUUCUCAACCCCCACAGACAGUACAACCCUUCCUCCCACGUUGUUUCCGGUGCUCUUGCUGGAGCCCUGGCUGCUGCUGCCACUACCCCCCUCGAUGUCUGCAAGACCCUUCUCAACACGCAGGAGGCUCGGGCUAUUCACGUGAUCCAGGCAGAGGCAGCGACAGGAGCCGGAGCGGUUGCGUCGGCCUCUGGCAGCCGCCAAAUCUCUGGCCUGGGGGAGGCUUUUCGGACGGUGUAUAGGAUGGGAGGCGUUCCAGCCUUUUUUAAAGGCGUCCAAGCCCGGGUCAUCUACCAGAUGCCCUCUACUGCCAUCAGCUGGUCUGUCUACGAGUUCUUCAAAUACAUCCUCACCAAACGGCAGCAUGAGAGAAGGCUGCAUGGAGAUCGGGAUGGAGACAAAUAAGCGCCUGGAAACACGACUGGGUAUUAGCAUUUCAGAGGUUUAUUGCACCGUAGCGAUCACUGUUAUGGGUGGUGAUUUCUGAAAAUCUGAAGGUUAAAAAAUUCUUUCUGAUUCUUUGAGCAGAAAGUCAGUUAUCAUCUUGUUUACUGAUAUCAAUUAUGAUAUCUGUUCUUAUUCAAAGCGGGUGACUACAUUUACAACCAACAAAAGUAGCCUCUCAUUAUAGAGGGUUGGCAGAAUGUCCAUCUGUAAGAAGAUUGCCCUGAAAUAACAGGUUCUGGUUCCAACUUUCUUUUGGUUUGUUUGUUUUUUUUUUUUUUUACUUUUACUAGUGUUUGACCCAACAAACUCUCAGCAUGGGCAUCCAGAAAGGAAAUCAUUUGUUGUGGCUGAGCAGUGUUUCCCACAGAUGUUGUUUCUAGUUGUGGCAGAGAGUGUCUACUGCUAACGAGUUCCAUGUACCCUUUGUUUAACAAAUUAUUAACACCUCUACAGAUAUUUUAUUUACCCACUAACUCAUGACACCAUAAACUAUGGUGCAAUGAGCUGCAUCGCCAAUGAGACUCCGCCUCAAUCCUGAUGGGUCUCUGGAGCUGACAGCUGCAAAACUCCAGAAACCGUAAAUUGGUGUUCAUCCUUUAAGAAGUAGCUUAAUGAUCUUGAUAACCAGCACAAUGGCGUAGUUAUCAGAAAAUCAACUUUCUAAAUAAGUGAGAGGGACCACUGGUAAAUUGGUUAAGGUGGUGUUCUCUCAAAUGAUCAGAGAAUAAAUGAAUAAAUAAACCCUUGAACGAGUCACCAAAUACGCCUGGCAGCCUGCCCAAAUAAUCAGUGUGUGGGAAGCACUGCUAACACACUGAAAUUAAGUCUGGAUUGGGCCCACCCAUUAAGGACCCCCCCGACUCUUAUGUAUGUUUGGAAAAAAAAAAUGACUCAGGUUGAAGUGAUGGCUUUGAGCUUUAGUUUGAGGGUGUUUAUACUCACUUCUAAUGAACUCAGUUUUGAUUGUAACAUUGUAUAAAUACCCCAGAAAGGGUAAAAAGUCCCACACUGAUGGGAAGAUGCUAGAAUGGCCUUAAAUCUCAGCAGGUUAAGUUACUUAAGAGCUGCACUGUGGCUUAGUUAAGACACAUCUCCCGACUGCACAUGUUGGGGAGGGGGUUUGGUUAAAAGCGCUACUGCCAUUGCACCCUCUGACCACAGGGGGGUGCAGUGUUUAAUUGCUAUCCUAAAAACUUGAGGACAAUUGGAGAUUAGAUGAAACUUUCAAAACAAGAACUUUAGCUUCGUAGCUCACAGCCUUGAAUAACUUUGAGGGACAUCCGGCAGAGCAGUGUUUUGAGGCCAGGUCAGGCCGCCUCUUCAUCAGAUGCAGAGAUUUGAUUCCUCCGGAUCAAAACUUUGUUCUGGUUCAUGUCCACAGAGUUCCUUUGAAGGAGGUGUUGUGCAAUGUUGUGAUGUCCUCUUUUUGCACAGUGUUGGGUUUCUGAAUCAGUACUGUCAAAUGUACAGUAACGCUUGGCUCAAAAUAAGUGACUUUAGUGUGGGAUCACCUUUAUUUUACCUAACCCUCUCUUUCACGUGUGUGACACACAGAUUAUAAGUUGUUGUUUCUGUUUUGGAAAACAGAAUUGGGUUUGGAUGGAAGAUUUAGCACUUGAGUGGACGUGCGUGCGUGUAAACUCAAUUUUUUUGAGGUCAGUUGUGACUGAGUUUAUUUAAUCUUAGCACAGCUGUUGUCCUUUAAUUGGAAAACAGUUUGAGGAGGAAAAAAGUAUGAAUUUAUUGGACUUUUUAUUUCCUUUGCCAAGGUCAUCUUGUCACUUCAUGUCUUUGCUCUAGAAAAGUGCUUUUUCUGUUGCAGCCAUGAGACCAGGCUUCUGGAUUUUUAAACCUUUUUUUCCCCUCAUUAGCACACGUGGAUGUGCGGAAAACCAUAUUUUUAGUAGAAGCUGUGCAAAUAAGGUAACAGUUUUUAUAUCACCGCAGUCAUGAUUUAGUUGAGUCUUUUUCUGUUUUUUCUAGCACUUGAAAAACUUAAAAGUUAUUGUCGUAUUUAGUGGAGAAAAGCAAAUUUGGAAAAUAAAGAGAAACCGAGGCAACUAUUUAAAUACACGCCUACAGUUAGCCGCUAUACAGCCAACGCACAACUACUACAGAGAUAACUGUAUACCAGAUAUAGAUUUAAUGUGUUUGAAGCCAUAAAUCUAAAAAGAAAUUGUAAUAACAUGCAUAAAUAGAUUGUUAAAGCUCCAAAUAUGAGGCUGACUUCUAUGCUGAAUGAUAUAAAUUUGAACUGUAAGUUUUGUCAACUGUGCUGUAAAAAUGCAAGUUUUUGUAGUGCACAAAAUCCUCACCUGGAAGGUAGAGGAAAAAACCAAACUGUAUUAUUUUAAGAGCAGCGACACCUUAUGUAUCUGUGGAACAAAAUAAAUAGGUAAAGAGUAUUUAAGUAUGAUUGUGGGACUGAUCCUCACGUUUCAAAGUUGGGAAACCAAAGACUGAGCAGUAGAGGGGAUGAACUGAUGGUUUGUCAAAUAGCAACACUAAUGUGAAACGCUUGUGCGCAGUUUGAAAGAGACGCCUGUAUUUUGUGACUUGUAAAUAAACUCGCUAAGGCAGCUCCUCGCAGAAGCAGGGUCUUCUCUUGGUGCUGGCUCGCCAAGCGCUGAGGCUA